AUGACCCACUUCAAACUCUACUAUUUCGACGUGCGCUCACGCGGUGAAGUCAUCCGCCUUCUCUUCCAUCUCGCCGACGAAAAGUUCGACGAUGAGCGCAUUAGUUUUGAGACCUGGGGAGCCUUGAAAUCCCGUAAGUUUCCAAUGGGUUGUGACGUUUCAUUGUGACGUUUCAGAAAUGCCGCUCGGCCAGCUUCCGGUCCUUGAAGUUGACGGUGUCAAGAUUGCCCAAACGACCGCAAUCGCUCGCUAUCUCGGACAUCAGUUUCGUGAGUGACUGAAAUUAAUCAAACAAAAAGUGACAUUUGAAAUCUCCUUCAAAAUUCAGACCGCGCCGGAACCAAUGCGGUCGACUGUGCUCGUCUUGACAUGAUCGCCGAGGUCAUCCAGGAGUUCAUGAGCACUCAGGGAAUGGGGAGAUUCGCUCGAGUGCUCGCCGGGAUGAUUCCAGAGAUUCAAGACAAGAACCAGUUCUACAAGGAGCAAGUGGUCCCGGAUAUCGAGAAGUAUGCCCCGCUUAUCGAGAAAUUCCUUGUCGAGAAUGGAAACAACGGACUUUUCCUGGGGGACCGUGAAACCUGGGUCGACGUGUUUGCCGCUGAAACCUUCUCGAAAGUGAUCGACUACGGAAGCCCGGAUGCUUUGGAUGCUUAUCCGCACAUUCUGGUGAGAAAAUCAUAGAAAAAUCUUGAAAUGCUUUCAAUUUCAGUCUUUGAUCAACCGUGUCUUCAACCACCCGAACAUCAAGAAGUACGUCUCCGAGAGAAAGCAUACCGUCUGCUAA